AUGUUGUCAUUUCAGGCAGAGAAUAGCCAACAAGAAAGUGGAAGCUGUUUCAGGUUGGGGCAUGCCUUUUACCCUCUGGUCCGAUUCUUAGAGCAGCAGAAUCUGAUGCUGAAGACGAAAUGGGAAUUCUUGCAAGAGAGGAAGUGCUGCAAAAGUAACAUGGAGCCCAUGUUUAAUGAGUACAUUGCCAACCUGAAGAAAGAGCUGGAGUGCUUGGAAUGUGAGAGGGCACAGCUGCAGGCGGAAAUGAAAAACUGGAGCGAAACCCUGGAGUGCAACAGGAAAAAGUUCGAAGAGGAGUGUCACCGCCGCACAUGUGCUGAAAAUGAGUAUGUGACCAUUAAAAAGGAGGUGGAUUGUGUUUUCAUGGACAAGUCAGAAAAGGAGACAAAAGUGGACGCCUUGAUGAAAGACAUCUCCUUUUUCAGAGCUACCUUUGAAGAGGAAAUCCGAGAGCUGCAGUCUUGCAUUUCGGACACCUGUGUCACAGUGCAGAUGGACAACAGCCGGGGCCUGAACAUGGACUGUGUCAUUGAGGAAUUCUGGCGUCGGUAUGAAGAUAUUGCCUCUCGGAGCCGGGCUGAGGCUGAAGCUUGGUGCCAUUGCCAGUAUCAAGAGUUGAAAACAACUGCGGCCAAACACUGUGACAACCUGCGUAGCGUCAAGGAAGAACUUAGUGAGCUGACCCGGAUGGUCCACAGGCUGGAGGCAGAAGUUUCAAAUGUCAAAGCCCAGAAGGCAAAACUGGAAGAGGAGGUGGCUGCAGCUGAGGAGCGUGGGGAGAUAGCUGUGAAAGAUGCCAAAUGCAAGUUGACUGAGCUGGAAGAUGCCUUGCACAAGGCCAAGCAGGAUAUGGCCUGCCAGCUGCGAGAGUACCAGGAGCUGAUGAAUGUCAAGCUGGCCCUGGAUAUCGAGAUUGCCACCUACAGGAAGCUGCUGGAAGGAGAGGAAUGCAGGUGA